GGGGUUAAAUACUAUAUGGACAGAAGAAGGCGAUGGCAGGCGCAACGGGAUCAUUGCUAGCUGGAGGAAUAUUCAUCUUACUGUUAGCUGGAUGGUUAGGACAAAAGUAUGGAUUACCUCCACCACCUCCAAAAAUAGCAGGAAUUGAUUUAGGUACAACUUAUUCGUCAAUAGGUAUCUACCAUGCUGUAACUGGUGAAACGAUCAUUUUACCUGAUGACCUAGGCAAGAAAUCAGUACCGAGUGUCGUUGCUUUCUUACCAAAUGGUACCGUAUUAAUAGGAACUAGAGCCACGGAACAACAAGAACACAAUCCAAAACGCACGAUUUAUGAUGCAAAACGAUUUAUUGGACGAAAUUUUGAAAAAAAUAAUAAGGACUUUUUGUCUGAUCAAAAACGAUAUCCAUUUAAAAUAAAUUUGGAUUCUGAAGGAAAAGCAUUUUUCGAAAUUCCUCUCGAUUCGGGCACCAAGAACGUAUAUCCUGAAGAAAUCGGAUCACUCAUAAUUGGAUACUUGAAAUCUGCAGCUGCUAAACAUUUGGGCGUAACUCUUGGACAAGUAGUUAUCUCAUGUCCAGCUGAAUUCAAUGAGAAACAACGAAAUUUCACAGCCAAAGCUGCUGAAAUCGCAGAAAUGGAAGUUCGGAGAGUAAUUUCCGAGCCGACAGCGGCCGCGUUGGCAUACGGAUUGCACAAAAAACAAGGAGUUGAAAAUGUUGUCGUUGUUGAUUUGGGUGGUGGUACUCUUGAUGUCUCCGUAUUGUGGCUUCAAGGAGGAGUUUUUGUAACUCAAGCAAUGGCUGGAAAUAAUCGUUUGGGAGGCCAAGAUUUCAAUGAUCGUGUUCAAAAGCAUUUGAUUUCAAAAAUCGCCGAGAAAUUCGGGAAAACAAUUGAUAACAAAGAGGAUAUUCAACAAAUUCGAAUGGAAGUUGAAAAAGGAAAAAUCAGGCUGACGAAUGUUCCAUCCACAACAAUUUCACUUAAUCUCAAAACAGUCGGAAAGUGGAAUUAUGAAUUAACACGUGACGAAUUUGAAACUUUGAAUGGCGAUUUACUCAAGGCAAUUGAACUUCCAAUUACGGCAGCUUUAGCUGAUGCAAAUUUGGAUACUGCUGAUGUGGACGAAAUUGUACUCGUUGGCGGUUCAACACAAGUUCCUGCCGUCAGAAAAAUUGUGGGCAGAUUUUUCAAAAAGUCUGCCAAUUACGGUGUCGACCCAGAACUUGCCGUCGUAACAGGAGCUUCUGUUCAAGCUGGUGUCAUCGGUGGUGGAUGGCCUCUACAAGUAGCCGCGAUGGAGUUACCAGCAAAACGAAGAAAACGUCAUUUCUUUACAGAAGAGCAAAAAGAAAACGAAAAAGAUCGAACUAUUUCAGAAUUGUAGCUUCUAGAAUAUUUUUUUUCCAAACAUUAGUCAUUUUCUAUUUUCUUUUCGAACUGUACGGGAUACUCAUAGUGUAAUUUAUUUUCAACAACUUGGGAUCAAAUCUGCAUUGCUAGAAAUUUUUAGUGCAUCUAAUAAACUUUUCUAUCAAAUUUCCAAAGAUUUUUAUACCAUUUCCCCCUGUUAACUCUGUGAUUAGUCUGCUUGUGCAAUGUCAUUCAUUCCAUCUCUUCAUAAUUUAUUUUUCUUCUAAUAAAAAUGGUCCUAGUAUUCA